AUGCCCUCGAUAUUCGCCGUGACCGGCGCGUCCGGGAACCUCUACGGCUACGGCGCGAGCGGGAAGCUCUCCCCGACGCUGUGCUUCGACGAGGACGGGAAGCGCAAAAAGCGCGCGAGGCUCCUGGAGGCGGCGAGGCGGCGACGCAUCGCGACGGUCCGCGUCGACGACGACGCGGACGACGACGACGACGACGACGACGACGCGCUGUAUUCGCGUCGCGAGGACAUCGUCGCCGUCCGCGUCGUGGACGGGCGGCGGUUCGUCCCCGGUGCGCCGCUCGCGGGCGCGCUGGCGUCGCGAAGCCUCGACGCGAGCGCGAGGCGCGACGCCGACGACGACGAUUCUGACGACGACGCGCGACGCCGCGCGAAGGCGUACGCGCCGCGCGCGCUGAACGCACCGCUCGGCUCGCUCGCGCUGUUCGCCGUGCCGUUCGUGUUCAGCAAAGCCAGGGAGUUCCUCGUCAAGCGACGCGCCGCGAGGGAGGACGACGACGGCGCGCGCGCCGCGAGCGACGCGAGAUCCGCGCGCGCGGGCUCGGACGCGCUCGCGGACGUGCUUCGAGCGCUCGAGCGGAGCGGACGACCGAUGCCGCCGGACGUCGCGUUCUACGUCGAGAGCAUCGUCCGCGACCAGGACGACGCGCUCGCGGAGCUCACGGCCGAAGUCCGCGCGCUGAGGAUGGCGAACGCGCAGGCGAAGGACAACGCCGGGAAGCCGCCGCUGUUCGAGGAGGACGGCUACGCGGACGCGGACGGCGCGCGGCGGCGGGACAUGGACAGCGCGAGGAACUCGCCCGAGCCGUCCGUCGCGGCGGCGGCGUCGCCGGAGACGCCGAGAGGACUCGCGGAGCUGAACAAGAUCGCGGGGUUCCAGGCGAAGGAGUUGCGGUACCUGCGGACCGUGCUCGCGGAGAAGGAACGGCGGAUCGAGACGCUGACGAGGAGGGUGAAGACCGCGAGAGCGAUGGCGGCGGGGGGCGCGGCGGGCGACGCCGUCGCCGGCGCGCUCGAGACGCCGCCGCGCGGCGAGAAGACCGACGGGGGUGGGGGAUACGUGUACGAGAGCGGCGAGGAGGCGGAGGAGGAGGAGGAGGAGGAGGAGGGCGAGGUGGACGCCGUCGCGGCGAUCGUCGUCCAAGCCGCGGCGGCGGCGGCGGCGGCGGCGGCGGAGGAGGAGGAGGAGGAGGAGGAGGAUUCCUCGGACGAGGACGACUCCCUCGCGCUCGACGCGCGCACCCCGGUCCGCGUCGAGCUGUCCAUCACGGACGGCGGGUCCGGCUCCGAGGAGGAGAGCUUCGUCGCGGUGUCGCUGUCGCGAGUCACCGCGGUCCCCAGGGUCCCGCGCGAGACCACCGCCGCGUCGGACGCCGCGUCCACGCACGUCGCGCGCAGAGCCGCGGCGGCGACGGCGGCGGCGCACGCGGGGCUGGACGACUCGUUCGAGAGCGUGGACGGGUGGGACGAGCGCGGGAAGUCGCCGUCGGAGCAGGUGGAGGGGGUGUUCGCCGCCGCGAAGGCGCGGAUCGCGCGGGCGAUGAUCCGCCCGCCGCUGAUAUCGCCCGCGGGUCACCGGUGA